CGUCUCCCCUGAAAUCCUGCGCAUCUUUCAGGGGAGGAUAAACAAAAACCCCUUCAGACUGCCGCUCCGUCUGCCUCCUCCUCUGACCACGAGGUGGCCGCACCAGAUCGGGAUUGGCCCUGAUGAUCACAAGGAACCCUCUCCACCUCCUUUCAGCCAAUCCUGGAGGGGCUACAGAGCUGAUGUCUCAGAGGACGCGAGGGUACGUGUGUUCUGGAGUCCUGAAGAGACAAGCUACAUCACGAUAAAUGGAGGAGAAGGAGCGAUGUAGGAGCAGGUCUCCGGCUCGGAGGGCCAGUCGGGUGCAGCAGGUGGUGGGAACAAUAAUACGACGCACCCGAGAGUCCCUCAGCAGGGAGCGGUUGCUAGGCGAUGGGAGGUCGCAGCGCUCCAACAGUCUGUCCAAUCAGAACUUCCAGGCCAAGCUGACGCUGCAGAUCACCAGAGACCCGGUCCUGGACAGCAGCACUGGACAUGGCUUCACCCUCACCACAAACGCACCCCUGCUGGUCAGGGACGUCGCCACAGGGAGUCCUGCAGAUGGGAUACUGUACCCAGGAGACCAGGUGCUGCAGAUUAAUGAUACAGUGCUGGAGGAUUUGAGUGCAGAGCAGGUGGAAAAUGUCUUAAGGGACUUGGAGGAUUGCAUCAAUGUGACUAUCCUUCGACACAUGACAAAUCCCAAGUCAUCCAUUAUGUCAGCAGAGAAGAGAGCUCGUCUGAGGAGUAAUCCAGUUAAAGUGCGCUUUGCGGAGGAGGUGGUGGUCAAUGGGCACACUCAGGGAAACUCUCUUCUCUUCCUGCCCAACGUCCUAAAAGUCUAUUUAGAGAAUGGACAGACCAAGGCUUUCAAGUUCGACAAUAAUACCACUGUCAAGGACAUUGUCCUGACUCUGAAGGAUAAACUGUCCAUCCGGGCCAUUGAGUACUUUGCCCUGGUGCUAGAGCAACAGUACAGCAUCACCAAACUACUGCUACUGCAUGAAGAUGAGCUCAUACAGAAGGUGGUGCAGAAAAAAGACUCCCAUGAUUACAGAUGUCUGUUCAGGGUUUGUUUCAUCCCCAGAGACCCCGUGGACAUGCUGCAGGAUGACCCCUCUGCCUUUGAGUACCUCUUUUUACAGAGUGUUGGAGACGUGCUACAGGAGCGUUUUGCAGUAGAGAUGAAGUGCAACACUGCACUCCGCCUGGCUGCCCUGCACAUGCACGAGAGGCUAGAUAGUUGUGGACAGACCAGGGCCUCUAUCAAGAGUAUUACAAAGGAGUUUGGUCUGGACAGCUUCAUCUCUCCCACACUACUGAGCAACAUGAGGGAGAAGGACCUGAGGAAAGCCAUCAGCUACCACCUCAAAAAGAUCCAGUCCCUGCUCGAGCCACGCCAGAAGGUAAUAUCUGCCAGUCAGGCUCGGUUGGCCUACCUCACUCAGCUGGGAGAGCUCAUCUCAUAUGGAGGUCGUUCCUACACAGCUACAAUGAUGCUUCAGGACAGGGAAGUGCUGGUCAGCUUGCUUGUGGGAGCCAAGUAUGGAAUGAGCCAGGUCAUAAACCACAAGCUUAAUGUGAUCUCUACACUGGUCGAGUUCAGCAGCAUCAGCCGAGUGGAGCUGCUCUCGGAGUCGGACAAAGUCAGCCUACUGCGCAUCUCACUGCAUGACAUGAAGCCAUUUGCCUUACUGAUGGACUCUCUGGCAGCCAAAGACUUAGGGUGUCUGCUGGGAGGCUACUGCAAACUCCUGGUGGAUCCCAGUGUUAAUGUCUUCCGUCUGGGGCGCCCAAAAGUGAGGGUGCACCGGAUUCCUGCUGAAGAAGGUUAUGUGUCUCGCUGCUGCAGUGACUCAGAUGACUCAACAGAUGAGGAUGACCCAAUGGAUUCUCAGAAUUACAAACGUCCAGAUCCAGCAAGUCAGGACUGGGAGGAAAGGAGGAGAGAGGAGGAAGAAAAGAGGAGAGAAGAAGAGAGAAAAGAGAGGGAGGAGCACAAAGGCAAACAGGAAGUGAAGAUAAUAGUGACAACAGAAGGUAAGGAAAAUGAGAGUGAAGAGGAAGGAGGGGCAACAGGAUGUGGUCUGCGUAAAUUCAGUGUCAUGGAUGAAGAAAUGAACCUGGAGACCACCUGGUACCACACUGACCCUCGGGUCACCAGCAGCUUUUCCAGCUUGUCCAGUGGCUCCCUGAGCGCUGCCCUGGAGGAGAGCAGUGCUGCCGCCAAAGCCUCAUCUCGCCUGGAUGCUCUUCGUGGACCACGCACAGCCGAGGAUCUUCCAAGCUUGGAUGUUCACCACCCCUACCUCCUGGAGCCAAAACGGCACCAAGGGCCCCUGCGACCCACCAAUCUCAAUUACCGUGGCAACGACAACUCUUGUCUUUGUUUUGCUGAUCUCUCCAAGGCUGAUUUCCUACCCAGCCCGCCUGAGGCUACUAGUGAUGAUGACGAUGAUGAUGACGAGGAGGAAGAACAGGGACUGGUUGGACUUAGACGCAUUUCUAAAAUCCCUAGUUCAAGAGACUUGAGAAUGAUUGACAGCAUGCCCUUUCAAAGAUCCCCUAUUAAAAAGAAGAAAAAGAUCCCUCCCAAAGUCCCAGUAAGGACAAGUUCGAUUCCUGGGAACAAAGCAGGACACGCAGAGCACCGUCUGUCUAAAGACGAAGAGGGUCUAUUUCUGACACCGUCUCCCAACCCCAAACCAGCUCUUUUGGUCAAAGACAAUGUUUCAGAGUCUGAGGAUGAGUUUUUUGAUGCACAGGAGAGAUUUACUCCACCAGUCCCUGAUCUAUCAGACGCUGAGCUGGCUGAUCGGCGAAAUGCUAAUCGUCUGAGUGGAACCUGGAAUGGUCUUCCAGCUGUGCCAAGGAAAGAACCGUCAUCCCCACUUGCUAAUAAAGCCCAGUCCAGUAAAAUCAAGAAGGAAACAGUAACACCUAAAAGCCCCUUAAAUCAACUAGUCAGCCAGCAACCCAGUCCUCCAAAGCCAUCCCAGAAGCCUGAAGUUAAGAUCAAACCACCAUUGGCACCAAAGCCCCAGCUGCCUCCCAAACCUCAGAUCAUUCCUCCCAAGUCCCCCCAGCAUGGGAGAUCAUACGCCCAAUGCAAUGGGGAUGCCUCUGGACGUUUAUCUUCUGAACUCCUGGAAAUGGAGCCAGACACCAUGGAGUUUAAGUCUGUUACUUCGGGUGGAUUGCCUCUGUCAUCGUCUUUGAUCACAGCAGUGCGGUGCAGCAAGCAGCCACUUCCCAUCACAACUACACAAGCUGAGGAAAAGACAAAAAGGCAAGAAAACAGCCCAAAACCGAAUAAGGAUCUUCCACGUGAAAAUGGAGCACAUGUUGUUUCCAAAGACAAAACAAACAUUGCAGAUGAAAAGGAAACUCCUAACGUUGAGGGGAAAAGCAAUGUGAAUGACUUACUAACAAAAAAGCCAAGCCUACCCCAUAUCCCUCACUCAAAUUCAGGUACCAAGUUAGCUAUUCCCCCUCCGGUGCCUCCCAAACCCACUUCUCCCACCAAUCUUCACCCCUUAUCACUACCUGCUAGCUCUCCUGUCUCACCUACUGAUCCAGGCAAAGGGAUCUUUAAGGAUACCGUCAGUCCACCAAAUGGAAUCCACCCUUGGAGCAGCCGCAAUGGCAACAUCCAGUCAGGACCUAGGAGGGUUUCUCUGAGCCAUGAGAGCCUAUCACCUAAAAAUACAGAUGCACCACUCACUCUUACCACCUCCCUCACCUCAACCAACUCUCAAGGUGUCGGAGGCCUGGAAGGCAGAGAACCUGGAAGAUCUGGUUCUGGGUCUGACCUGAGAACCAGCUCCUCCAGCCUGGGAGGCAGACUACCAGCCUCUGCUCUAAGAGGGAAGAUUCAGGCUCUGCCUUGGUACAUGACCCGGUCACAGGAGAUUCUAGGAACUCUUGACUAUCCCUCCACUAGCUCCAUCAAUGGGGACACAUCUGGAUUUGGCUCUGGUUUGUCUGUAGCCAGUGGUUUAUCAGACUUAAACAAAACUCCUGUCAAGGACAAAGAGACGGGGAUCUCAAAUUCAGGAAGUAAAGGGAACAUUUUAGAGGAUGGAGCUGAGGUUGUCAUAGCAACCAUAAAAGAGGCCCAGGAAGUGACCUCACACAUGAAGAACGCCAAUGGCACAAAUGGCUCACACCCUAAUCUUAGUUUUAGAGAAAAUAGUGUACUUAGUGGCAGUGUUUCAUCAGAGCAGCCGCAGUCAAGACCUCAUUCAGCAGUAGGGUUAGGAGGUGUGUCUGAUAUGCAAAUUGGAGGUGACUCACCAACCUCCUCACUUGCUGACACUACUCCUCCACAGCAACACCGGGAAGCUUGUGGCUGCCGCACUGUUUACGCCAAUUGUUUCAGUGGAGACACAGAGGAUGGUGUCAGCUUUGACGAGGAGCUUACUGUUUAUGAGUUUUCCCGCCGAAUACGCCCCAAACCUGCACGACCCGCACCUGUCCCUUCUCCAACAACACCAUCACCAAAACCCAACAUUUUGUCCUUGCUGCGGGACAACCCACGCCCACUGUCUACUUUCUCCACUGCCUCCUCUGAACUCAGUCCUCUAGUUUCACGUCCAGCUUCUCCUACAACUUCAGUAGGUGGUCCCCUUCGUUCACUUACCAACAAGAAUUAUGGUGGGCUGAGGGGAGGCUUUGCCUCUCUUCGGCAAGAUAUAGAUCAACUUCUUCUUGUCUUAGAGAGAGGACCACUUGAGCAAACACAACAAACAUCAUCACAAGAGUUAAAGCAGGGUAGCACAGGCAUAAAAGGAGAGCCUGACCUAAAUCACAAUGGAACUGACGACAGCACUACCCCAGCCCAAAGCCUAAGUUGUACUGGGACAAGCCCUUCCACGCUGACAGAGGCUGAAAGGAGUCUUCUCCAAGCAGAGGCUCGACGAUUGGCAUCGGGGUGUCAGCGGGCCACACGUGUAGGCUGGGCACCCGAUGAAGCUCUACGUUCUUUGUCAAACAGCUUCAGCGCCCUGGUUCAGUUGUCAGCAGCCUGCUUGCGAACAAACUCCUGCCCUGGUUGUGAUGUCUGCCAUAACGCAAGUCUGCUCAACAGGGAUGAGGAUGAUGACGGCCAGGAGGCCAUGGACAAGCUAAGGGAGAUAGUGAGUCUGUACCGAGAGUUUGUUGGGGCCGUUGAGACAGCUGGAACUGGUGGUGGAAUCGGGAGUAAAACUGCGGGCCUCACUGGGUCUGGACAGGGUCAGGGGGAGGGUGACGGGGUGAGGCUACUUGCCAAACGCUGCACUGUGCUCAUCUCUUCUGUAUUCGCACUCACACAGCUCUUCCGGACACGCACACUAGAUCCCUCGGACACACCUGGCCACGUACCUCUCAACUUUUGACCUGUGAACUUUUAACCACUAAUAACCCACUGACUCGAGGUGGGACAAGAGGAAACAGCACAGAGCUAUCUGGUGUGUAACUCCUGUGCUUUUGUGCAGUAAGUGCCAUGCACACCACAGCACACACAUACCCACACUACACGUACCCACAUGGAAACACAUACACCAAACAUAACACUAGACGAUGAGAGGAAAUUUAAUUGCUCGGCCUCUCUUUGGACGCAUAUGGACUAUGCAUUUGUACAUACGAAUUUUAUAAUUAUCUUAUAAUUCUCUUAUUUUAUGAUACAAUAUGUGUAUGUAUGUAAGGAUGGAUAACCCAUGUAUGUAUUUAUGUAUUUAUUUUUACAAUAUUUGCACCAUGAUCUGUGAUGUUCAGGUCUUUGGUGAGGAAAAAAAAAAACUAUGGAUGUCACUGGAAUUUUUAUUUUUCCUUCUCUUUGAGACAGUAUUAUGUUAUCUUUUGCUGCUUUAAAGAUUUCUCCACUCCACAAGGUGUAAUCUGUAAAUUGUCAUUUUUCAAGUUUAUUAUUAUUAUUAUUACAGUGCGUAUACUGACAAAAUACAGAAAACAGACUUUAUCAUGUGCAAAAUAUAGUAAUUGACUGAUUUGUUUUAUAUGUGCAGCGUUUGCACCUUUUUAAGGAUUUAGUUUUUCAACAUUACAGUCACAUUUAAAUGGGAUACAAAACUAUACCAUUACACAGCAGGGAGAGCACUUUUGACUGUUACAGAUUGCACCUUUUUACGAGACACAUACCCUUGUGUAAAGUGUUUUUUCUACCCCUUCCCUGUUCAAACUGACUCUGAGUGAAUGCUUCUUGGAAAUACUCCCAUUACCCAAACGUAUGCAGUAUUAUAACAUUAAUCUAGUUUUCAUCCAAAGGACACAUACAUAUAUAUUUUCUGGGAAUGUGUGGGUGGGGCCCAGGCAGCAAAACAGGGUUAAAAUGUUUAUGUAGUUAAAAAAUAUUUUUAACUAGGCACAAGGGUGACUGUUAAACUCUGUCCAGAUGUAGCAAAGAUCCAAAGUCUUAAAACACUGAGCCACAACUGUUCCCUGCUAUGGUUUCCUCUUUUGGCACUCACCAUUUUAUUAAUAACAUGCUGACUGACGGAUGGACUGACUGCUGUAUGCUGGGGUCAGAACUGUAGAUAUACAUGUAUAUCUCUGUGUCCUAUUCUGUCCCUACCUUAGUUUAUGGCUAUGCAAACAUAAACUCCUCAACCCCUGCAUACUAUAUUUAUGUUUUUUGUGCUAACAUUAAAAACAACAAUAGCUGCAUUAUGUUUGUUUGAAUAUAAUGGGUGCUUUCUUUGUUUGGAAUGUUGGCUUUUGUCUUGUUUCAGAAAAAAAAAAAAAAUUCUGCAUUAUGGAUUGCAACGUUUUGCAAGGUUGCAUGGCAUUAGCAUUUGUCAAUAUUAAGACUCCUGUCUAUACUGAUGUCUGUGAAUUGUCAGUACAAGGAUUACAUUGCUCGAUCAGUUUGCUGAUGUACAGUGUUCACUAGUCAGAUCGUCCAUAUCACAUGAUGCCAGCUCAUUUGAUGAGCCAUCCGAUUUGAAGGAUUUACUUGAGCCACCUAUGACAACAGGAAGGUAAUUAAGCCAAAUCAGUCAGCAGUUGCUUAUACAAAUAUGAUAAGGGGAUUAGCUGAAAUAAAGACAGCUUUAGAGUUCAGAGACAGGCGCAAGGAGAUAGGCUGUGUAUUUAAUCUUACAAAUUGAUGACUGAGGGAAAUUUUGUCUAGGUGGCUAUAUUUAACAAAAUAAAUAAAAUAAAAAUGGGUAGGUCUCUUGCCUGAGCUUCCAAUUGCCAUGGAGGUAAUGUCCGGUAGCAGUGUCCAUCACAGCACUAACAUCAAAACAUCUGGUCACGUCUCAGGAGUGUCUCCUGUGGUUCAUCAGGCAGGCUAAAACAGUAGAGAGUGCCUGUGUCAUCAACUUCUUCCUGUAUGGUAAACUUGUAUGAACAGCAUUUCAUAUUCAGAGAGAACAUUGUGUUUCUACAUAAGCAGUCACUUUUCCGUAUCCACGUUACAAUGAAGUCAAUGUACCAAGAAAUGUAUUGUUUUGGAAUAAAUGACACACUGACCUUAA